AACAACAAUUAACAGAUCUGUGCAACCACACUAAAAUAGUAGUAAUGGCUCAAGGAAGAGGAAGGAUUCUGAAGAUUCUGUUCCUGUUGAUACUCUGUCUGCAAGACUUCACUGGUCAAUGCCAAGUUUCAGGCCAGCCCUCUGACCUGAGGAUAGUUCUGCUGGGAAAGACUGGAGCAGGGAAGAGUGCAACAGGAAACACCAUCCUGGGGAGGGAGGGGUUUAAGGUGGAGGCUUCUCCAGUGUCUGUGACUGCACAGAGUGAGAAACAGAGUGGAGUGGUGGAUGGUAGGAAGAUUGAUGUCAUCGACACCCCGGGAGUCUAUGACACUAACAUUUCUCCAGAAGAGAUGACAAGUGAAAUAGUCAGGUGUAUAGAAAUGUCAGUCCCAGGACCUCACGCCUUCCUGCUGGUGAUCAGACUGGGGAGGUUCACAGAGGAGGAGCAGAACACUGUGAAGUGGAUCCAGGAGAACUUUGGAGAAGAAGCUUCAAUGUACACCAUCUUGCUGUUCACACAUGGAGAUCAACUGAAGGGCAAAUCAGUGGAGGAGUGUAUUGGUGAACCAGGCGAGGCACUUCAGAAACUCAUCAAAGUCUAUGAGAACAGGUUUCAUGUCUUUAACAAUAGAGAGAGUGAGGACCGCACUCAGGUCACAGAGCUGCUGGACAAGAUAGGGAAGAUGGUGGAGAAGAAUGGAGGACAUCACUACACCAGUAAGAUGAGACAGGAGGAGGAGAGGAAGAGACAGGAGGAGGAGAGGAAGAUACAGGAGGAGGAGAGGAAGAGACAGGAGGAGGAGAGGAGGAGACAGGAGGAGGAGAGGAAGAGACAGGAGGAGGAGAGGAAGAGACGGGAGGAGGAGAGGAAGAGACAGGAGGAGGAGAGGAGGAGACAGGAGGAGGAGAGGAAGAGACGG